AUGGCGGCCACCGUGGCGACUCCGGAGCCCUGGAAGGCCGUGGCUCCGCAGAAGCGCUCAGUGGGGAGGCGGCCGCGGCGGGACGAGGGGCGUGUCCGUGGGCCUCAAACCGAGCAGGAGCCGGACGGCGAGGCUGUGCUGCGCCGCCUGCGGGAGGCCGAGGAGGAUCUUCAAAUCUCUGAUUUCUGCAGUUCAGCACUGGAAACCAUCACCCAGUGUCUUAGAAAACAGCUGGAGCAACUGCAGGACCUAACAGAAGCCCUUGGAAGACUGAAGCUCAGCUCCUCACCUGGUGGGUCGGGAGAGCCUCCAGUCACGAGCCCCUUUCCUGUGAUGUGUGUGUGCUAUGGCCUCGGGAACUUUGCCUCCUGCGCCACUGCCCGGAGUCAGCUUGCUUUCAUGCUUCUCUUCCUGGAGAAGUGCCAGAUCCCCAGAGGCCACUGCUGGGUCUAUGACCCUCUGUUCAGCCGCACUGAAGUUUCAGUGCUCACUGCCCUCGGUGUGACUGUCCUCAGUGAGAAUGAGGAAGGCAAGCGCAGCGUCCACGGCCAGCCCACUGUCUUCUACAUGCCACACUGUGGCACAGCUCUAUACAACAAUCUGCUGUGGAGCAACUGGUCCAUAGAUGCCCUUUCCAGGGUACUCAUCGUCGGCAACAGUUUCCAAGGCCUCAAGGAAAGGUUGUUGACAAGGAUUCUGCAGAAAAAUUAUCCCUACAUCGCAAAGAUUCUGAAAAGCCUGGAAGAGAUCCCACUGCCACAGACUCCACGGUACAUGGACACCUUUAACGACACCUCUGUUCACUGGUUCCCUCUACUGAAGCUGGAGGGACUGCCCAGGGACCUUUGGGCAUCUCAGGAAGAGCCUGAUUACCAGGACUGCGAGGACCUAGAGAUCAUCAGAAAACAGACAGACAGCUCAGCCAGUGUAGCAGGGCAGCUCCCUCCUGCCCCUGUGCCAGGAGCCAUGGUGCAGACCAUCCUUCUCUGCCAAGCCAGGAAUACAGCCCGGGCUGGUGGCAUCACAUCACAUCCUGCCCUGGUGCUGGUUUCCCAAAUAGAGACAUCAUUUGUAAAGCCGGAUUAAAGUGCUGUUUAUCCACGCCUGCCAGGUGUGGGCCCUGGUGUCUACUUGGCCAUGUCUA